GCCGCUUUUUGGAGGAUGAGGACGAGGAAACCUCCCUGCCCGGUAGAAAAGGUUUGGUUAGACCAGGAUAAAUAUGACGAAGCGGAGCGACCGCGGCACGAAAAGGAAGCGACAGCGGCCGCCGAGGAGCCCCAGGAGGUCGACGCCGUCAACGGCGUCUCCAAUGACGACUCCGUCGAAAGCGAAUUCAAGGGGGACUCGAAGAAAGCCAAGAACGGCAAGAAGCAAAGGAAACGGAAACGUUCCCCGAAACCCAAAAGCGCGGCCAAGUUGGACUUAAUUCUGGCCGGUUUGUCCGCCGACAACGUGUGGUUUGAAAAACCGCUUUACGAUCGUGCCGAGAGCGUCUACAGGCAGAAAUUAGUGGAUUUGCAGCACCAGGAGGUGCCCAAGGAUGCGCUGAUGGCUCAGGUGUUGCCAUUAGCGGCCGGGUUGAAAGCUUUUCAAGACGUUCCUCAGCUGAGGAUCCUUCCAGCAGCGCCGUCCUGCUCCCACGGGAGCCUGUCCGCCUGUCACCACGUCAUUCAGGACGUCUGGGUCAACAAGUUGGACUUUGAUAAAGCCGAGGAGAUGUUCCUCGAAAAAACUCACUUCUUCGUUCCCCCGAACGCCCUCAGCAUCCCGUCCAUGUGGCCGAACGCCGGCGGUGUCGCGCUGAGGACGCCGGAUGAGGGCUACGUGACGGCCCUGCCCACUCCUGCUACGCCGAGAGACAUCGGCGACGAUUCUUCUUCCUCCGUUCCUGGUUUGCCUGGCUCUGUACACCCUACGGUAAACGGUAAGCCGCAGGUUUCCACCUUUCAGGCUCUCGUGUCAGAGGUUUGGUUGGAGAAACCUCUUUAUGACGAUGCUGAGAAGAGUUUCUAUGAGAACAUGUUUGACGGUCACCCCUCGGGUACAACCACCCAGCAGCAACGCGCCAGCCCUGAAGCGUCAAAGAACGAGGACAAGGAGAACCUCAGUGUUGGAAAAGAAACGGCCGAUGAACACGUGGAUACGGCUGCCACCUGUUUAUUUCCUAACGACGCUGAGCAACCUCCGCCUACCAGCUUUUUUCUGCACGAGGGCAGCGAAACCGUGUGGCUUAAUAAACUGACGUACGACAGGGCCGAGUCGCGAUACUACGCAGCUGAGGCUCUGAAGACGGCGAGAGCGGGAGAGAGUACGGAGGUGGAGGAAUCCACAGUAAUAAAACCCUCCCGACCAGCUGCUGGUUCUUCUGCACCAGAAACGAAAAAAAUGGCAGUCGACCACUUUUUGUCCGAGAAGAUCUGGUUUGACAAAUACAAGUACGACGAUGCCGAGCGAAGAUACUACGAGCAGAUGAACGGGCCCGUCGGGGGCUCCUCGCAGCAGCAGGAGAACGGAGCCAGCACCAUCCUCCGCGACAUUGCCAGAGCCAGGGAGAAUAUCCAGAAAUCGCUGGCCGGACAGAAGACAGGUCCUCGUAGUAAAGAAGCUUCUGCUGCCCGUCACAAGAAGCAGUCGGGCCGUUCAACUAGCACGAAUACGACCUCUCCUGGGCCUCCUGGCGACCAAAACGAUCUCCUGUCCCGAAUUUCUCACCUGGAGGUAGAAAAUCAAAACCUUCGCAGUGUUGUUGCAGACCUUCAGAUGGCCAUCUUCAAGUUGGAAAGCCGCCUGAAUGCUCUGGAAAAGUCAUCUACCUCCCACCAACCCGCAGCGGUUCCUCCCACCCAGAAAGUGGAACCGUUCAGCGUUCCCUCCAAGAAAGUGGAGCUUCCGUCGGCUUCACCGGCAAAAAAAGUUGAGCCUCCUGCCGCAGAGGAAGAUGAUGAUGAUGACAUCGACCUUUUUGGGAGUGACGAUGAAGAGGAAGAUCAAGAGGCUGCCAAAGUCCGGGAGGAGAGACUGCGGCAGUACGCGGAGAAAAAGGCCAAGAAACCGGGUCUUAUUGCCAAAUCUUCCAUCCUUCUGGACGUGAAACCGUGGGAUGAUGAGACUGACAUGGCGAAGAUGGAGGAGUGCGUGCGAUCCAUCCACAUGGACGGGCUGGUGUGGGGAGCCUCCAAACUGGUCCCUGUAGGUUACGGCAUCAAGAAGCUCCAAAUCCAGUGCGUUGUGGAGGACGACAAAGUCGGGACAGACAUCCUGGAGGAGGAGAUCACCAAAUUUGAAGAUUAUGUGCAAAGUGUCGACAUCGCCGCUUUCAACAAGAUCUAGAAGUGAAUCCCGUCCUCCCCUCGGAAACUGUAACUAAUAAAAAUCAAGAUUGAGAGUGCAA